AUGGGGGGGGACCCAUCGGCCAGCCGAGCCCGCAAGCGGGUCAGAAGUGUAGUUAGAGAGGAGCUGCGAGCAAGGGCUCGAGCGGCUAGGACUGAUAGGGGUAUGUGUGUGUCACUCCCUUUCCACAUCACUAGUGGCCAGCCAAUUGUGGGACAAGGAGUGGUCAUACACAUGCAAGAAAGGAACUUAAUCGGAAAUGUAAUAUUACUAUAUAUUCAUCAGAAAUUUCGGCGCACAAGUAAUAAAAAAUAAACCCACAUCACACCUUCCCCAAAAAGGGCAGACAAUCGGUGCAGGUUUGAGCCAAAACUCAUAUUUUUUAUCUAAUUAUCACAACUUUCCUACAGAUCGCUAAUGAAGGAUUAAGCAAUCAGAAUUGCUAGAUCAUCGACGAAAUCUCAUUAACACAAUUCGCCAAGCACUGUUACUAAAAUUGUUGAACAAUUCGUGAUAAAAAGAUCACAAAUCUAUCGAGUAAAGCAUCUUUGA